AUGCGACCAAAUAAGUUCCCCAUCCAAGACCAAAAUUUACGAUCUAAUGGACCGGCAAUAAAAUAUUUUAAAAUAUUUCUUUUAUCUUUUAGGAUCUUUUAUGUUUCCCAUGACUCUCAAGACUUGAAAAUUUGGAGCUACAUUGCAAGAGACGGUCCUACCAAUGUCUUCAAGUGUAACGUAUUCAAGGCAUACAAAAAGAGUCAAGCGAUGAGAAUUGUCCGAACAAUCGGUCAAGCGUUUGAAGUGUGCCACAAAUUAAGUGUUGUACAGAGUCCCUUGAAUGGGGGAACACCUGAUGAUGGAAACAGUACUAUAUCGGUUGAUGACAACGAGAAGUCUUUGUCAAAACGAAUCGAGGAAUUAGAAAGUAAUUCCAACUCAACGUCAACUGACAUGGAUAAAAAAGAAAUCGAAGAAAUUUUGGCAUACGCCAAUGACACAGAUGAACCAGAAAGCCAA